UCCACACUUCUUUUCAGUUCUGUUCUUUCUCUGUCCUUUCAUUUCUAACUCUUUUUUUUUCCUCUCUUAGCAUCAAAUUCUUCUUCUCUCAGAUAAUACUUCCAACCACCUCAGAUAGCUCCACGUCAUCUGUUUUGCCGGAAAACUCUGUUUUCUUGUUUCUGGAGUUAAGUAGUUACUCAAAUAUAUACUGCUUUGUUGAAUCAUCAAGUCUUUGAAAUUUAGAGUGGAUUUUGAAGUGUGUUCAGAUGGCUAUUCUCAUGUAGAGUUCGAAAUCAAGGAUUGGUAUUACUUUUCAGUGAGUUGUAGCAAUAGAAGGAAAUAUGAUGCAACACAAAAGAAGCCCAAUUUCAAUUGAGCAUAGCACUGGCCUCACAUCUCUUACGCCAAAACGACUAAAGGCCGAUAUGCCUAUUUCCUCCAAGGAGAAGAAAGAGAAGUUCGGUGAACGAAUAGUAGCUCUCCAGCAGCUGGUGUCACCAUAUGGCAAGACAGAUACGGCUUCUGUUCUCCUUGAAGCAAUGGGAUACAUAAACUUCCUCCAUGAACAAGUGAAGGUGUUGAGUGCACCAUACCUCGGAAAUAUGCCAAUGUCUAAGACACAGGAAUCACAGCCUUACAAUUUGAGAAGCAAAGGCUUAUGUCUUGUGCCAGUUUCAUAUACUGUUGGAGUGGCUAGCAGCAAUGGUGCUGAUAUUUGGGCUCCCAUUAAGUCCUCACAAAAGUUCUAGAGAACAAUGUGGGAUUAACCGUCACUUGCAUCCAUGGUAAAGUCUUGGAUUUACAAUAACAUAGUUUUUCUAAAAGGCUGAAUACAUUGACAACCUCUUAAACGUCCCAGUAAAUUUCACUUAGACACUCAAAUUAUGAUUUGGUCCGGUUGAGCAUCUAAACACAUGAUAAAUUACUCACUUAAAAUAUGUCAGUUCCCUUAAUUAUACACAAUAGUCUCAAUAAGUCAGAAAUCCUUAAACUUGUUCCAAUUGAAGUAGUUGUGUAUAAUUAAAGUAGGUGGCAUACUUAUUUACGUAAUAGGCGUUAGAGAACAUGGUAAAAGUAGUUUUUUUUUUUUUUUUAAGAAAUUUGAGCCAUAAAUGUCUAGUAGGAACACUUUCAUCUGUUCAGGUGUUUAAUUUGAACAGGUUAUAGUUCUUCGAGUGCCUAAGUGAAAAUCACUGACAAGUUUAAAGGUUUGUCGAUGUCUUCGGCCUUUUUAAAAGCAGCCGAAACGAUGCAUUUUCAACACGGAGAUGCAGUUAUGUGAUAGAUGCUAGUAGCCAGAUCUAAUUUGAGGGCUAAUAUAAGGAUAGCCUGAGCUGUGUCUCAAGGUUUUUAACAGAAAUGUAUAUUUUAUUGAAGAAAGAAAAGUUAUGUAGUGAUCUUAGCUGCAAAUGUAUCAAGGAUGCACUUAUUGUAUUUACAUGAGAAGCAACGGGAACUCUAGAAUAAUUUGAUUCAAGAAUGAUAUUCUUGAGCCACUGCCCUUUUUUAAUCAUGUUCAUUUUGUUUUAAAAAUUGUUUUUGC